AUGUCAAAUCCAAGAACUGCUAUUAUCGUUUAUUCAUUAUAUCAUCACGUUGCAACUUUAGCUAAAGAAGCUAAAGUUGGAGUUGAAGCUGCUGGUGGUGUAGCUGAUUUAUUUCAAGUUCCUGAAACUUUAAAUGAUGAUGUCUUAAAAAUCUUACAUGCUCCUCCAAAACCUGAUUUCCCUAUUGCAACUUUAGAUACUUUAAAAGAUUAUGAUUCUUUCUUAUUUGGUAUUCCAACUAGAUAUGGUAAUAUGCCAACCCAAUGGAAAUCAUUUUGGGAUGGUACUGGUUCAUUAUGGGCUAAAGGAGCUUUAAGAGGGAAAUUUGCUGGUGUUUUCGUUUCUACUGGUUCUCCAGGUGGUGGUCAAGAAACCACUGUUAUCAAUACUUUAUCUACUUUAACUCAUCAUGGUAUGCCAUUUGUUCCAUUAGGUUUCGCUAACCCAGCUCAAGGUUCAUUUGAAAAUGGUAUUCAAGGUGGUUCUCUUUGGGGAGCUGGUACUUUUGCCGGUCAUGAUGGUUCAAGACAAGUUACUGAUAUUGAAAAAUCAAUUGCUCAAACUCAAGGUUCAGAAUUCUAUAAGACCAUCACUAAGUUUAGAAAUUAG